GUCGGGUCCGGUCCGGUCCGCGCCAUGCCGGGCAGGAACCAGGCCAAGGCCGCCUGCAGCUGCCCCGACCUGCCCCCGGGCAGGCUGGCGGACCGGGAGAAGGACGAGGGGCACAGCGGGAGGGCCGACGACCCCAACAACUCCGGCGACCCCCACAUCGUCAAGUCCCCCAGCGAUCCCAAGCAGUACCGAUACAUCAAGUUGCGGAAUGGCCUGCAGGCCCUCUUGAUCUCAGACCUGACCAACUUAGAAGGUAAAACCGAGGAGUCAGACGACGAUGACGAGGAGGAGGAUGAGGAUGAAGAUUCAGGAGCAGAGAUCGAAGACGACGACGAAGACGGCUUCGACGACGACGACGACUUUGACGACGAUGACGACGACGAUGACGACGAUGACCUCGACACCGAGGAUAACGAACUGGAUGAGUUAGAAGAAAGAGCCGAGGCGAGGAAGAAAGCCACCGAGAAGCAGUCGGCGGCCGCCCUCUGCGUCGGAGUGGGAAGCUUUGCUGAUCCCGACGACCUCCCCGGACUGGCUCACUUUCUGGAACACAUGGUUUUCAUGGGCAGCCUGAAGUACCCGGAUGAGAACGGGUUUGAUGCUUUCCUGAAGAAACACGGGGGGAGUGACAAUGCCUCAACUGACUGCGAACGCACAGUCUUCCAGUUUGAUGUCCAGAGGAAAUACUUCAAAGAAGCCCUCGACAGGUGGGCCCAGUUCUUCAUUCACCCCCUGAUGAUCAGAGAUGCCAUCGAUCGGGAGGUCGAAGCCGUGGACAGUGAAUAUCAACUCGCGAGACCUUCUGAUGCCAACAGGAAAGAAAUGUUGUUUGGAAGUCUGGCUAGGCCCGGGCAUCCCAUGGGCAAGUUCUUUUGGGGGAACGCAGAGACGCUCAAACACGAGCCCAGGGCGAAGAACAUCGACACGUACACCAGGCUGCGGGAGUUCUGGCAGCACUACUAUUCUGCUCACUACAUGACUCUGGUCGUCCAGUCGAAAGAAACUCUCGACACGUUGGAAGAGUGGGUGACCGAAAUCUUCUCUCAGAUCCCAAACAAUGGGCUACCCCAACCGACCUUUGGCCACCUAACAGAGCCAUUCGACACCCCCGCAUUCAAUAAGCUCUACAGAGUUGUCCCCAUUCGGAAGGUUCACGCACUGACCAUCACCUGGGCGCUACCCCCUCAGCAGCAGCAUUACAGGGUGAAACCCCUUCACUAUAUCUCCUGGCUGGUUGGCCAUGAAGGCAAAGGAAGCAUCCUCUCUUUUCUCAGGAAAAAGUGCUGGGCUCUGGCACUCUUUGGUGGCAAUGGGGAGACCGGAUUUGAGCAAAAUUCCACGUACUCGGUGUUCAGCAUUUCCGUGACCCUGACGGACGAGGGCUACGAGCACUUCUAUGAGGUUGUGCACACCGUGUUCCAGUAUUUGAAGAUGCUGCAGGGAUUUGGACCAGAGAAAAGAAUCUUUGAGGAAAUUCAGAAGAUUGAGGAUAAUGAAUUUCAUUAUCAGGAACAGACUGACCCAGUUGAAUACGUGGAAAACAUGUGUGAGAACAUGCAGCUGUACCCGGUGCAAGACUUUCUCACAGGGGACCAGCUGCUCUUUGAGUACAAGCCUGAAGUCAUCGUCGACGCGCUCAACCACCUCACCCCGCAGAGGGCCAACCUGGUCCUCUUGUCCGCAGCCAACGAGGGAAAGUGCGACCACAGUGAGCGCUGGUUUGGGACUCAGUACAACAUGGAAGAAAUCGAAAGAUCCUGGCGGGAGCUGUGGGACAGCGACUUCAAGCUCAAUCCAGAGUUGCACCUCCCGGCGGAAAACAAAUAUAUAGCCACGGACUUUACUUUAAAAACUCCCGAUUGUCCCGAGGCGGAAUAUCCCGUGAAGAUCGAGAGCACCCCCCAGGGCUGCCUGUGGUACAAGAAGGAUAACAAGUUCAAAAUCCCCAAAGCCUACAUCCGCUUCCACCUGAUCUCCCCGCUGGUCCAGCAGUCUGCCGAAAAAGUGGUCCUCUUUGACAUCUUCGUCAACAUCCUCACCCACAACCUGGCCGAGCCGGCCUACGAGGCCGACGUGGCCCAGCUGGAGUACAAGCUGGUGGCCGGAGAGCACGGCCUAGUCAUCCGAGUCAAGGGGUUCAACCACAAGCUACCUCUCCUGUUUCAGCUCAUCGUCGACUACUUGGCCAACUUCAGCUCCACCCCCGAGGUGUUCGGGAUGAUCACAGAGCAGCUGAAGAAGACGUACUUCAACAUCCUCAUCAAACCGGAGACCCUGGCCAAAGACGUGCGGCUGCUCAUCCUGGAGCAGGCUCGCUGGUCCAUGAUGGACAAGUACCAGGUGCUGCUGCGGGGGCUGUCCCCGGACGCGCUGCUCGCCUUUGCCAAGGACUUCAAGUCGCGCUUCUUCGUCGAGGGCCUGGUGCAAGGGAACUUCACCAGUCAGGAGUCGAUGGACUUCAUGAAAUACGUCGUCGACAAGCUGCAGUUCCAGCCUCUGGAGCGGGAGAUCCCCGUCCAGUUCCAGGUGGUGGAGCUGCCCAACUCCCACCACCUGUGCAAAGUGAGGACCCUGAACAAAGGCGACGCCAACUCGGAAGUCACCGUGUACUACCAGUCAGGGGCACGGGACCUGCGAGAGUACACCCUCAUGGAGCUGCUGGUGAUGCACAUGGAGGAGCCGUGCUUCGACUUCCUGCGGACCAAGCAGACGCUCGGCUACCACGUGUACCCCACCUGCAGGAACACGUCAGGCAUCCUGGGCUUCUCCGUCACCGUGGGCACCCAAGCCACCAAGUACAACUCAGAGAUGGUAGACAGGAAGAUCGAAGAGUUUCUCUCGUGUUUCGAGGAGAAGAUGGAGAACUUGACGGAAGAUGCGUUCAACACUCAGGUCACGGCCCUGAUCAAGCUGAAGGAGUGCGAGGACACGCACCUGGGAGAGGAAGUGGACAGGAACUGGAACGAGGUGGUCACCCAGCAGUACCUCUUCGACAGGCUGGCCCACGAGAUCGAAGCCCUGAAGUCUUUCACCAAGGCAGACCUGGUGAACUGGUUCAGAGAGCACCGAGGCGGCCGCGGCCGAGUGCUCAGCGUGCACGUGGUUGGGUUUGGCAGACACGAAACGGAGAGCGAGGGCGCGGCCGCCACCGCUUCCUCCUCCUCCUCCUUGGGCCCGGCCUCUUCCUACAGCGAGAUGACGCACCUGACGUACCUCCCCACCUCCCCGGUGCUCGCCGAGUCCACCGUCCCCAUCGCCGACAUCAGGGACUUCACGGCAUCACUCGCUCUGCUCCCCUACCAUAAAAUAGUGAAAUAAACGGCAGUCUGCGGGCCCGCCCGCCCGCCUGUCCAGUAUGCAAAACUCGUUGCCUGCUCUGAUGUCACCCCGUCCUUCCCCCCGGGUCUUCCGUCUCUAAGCGUUUCUGCACGGGCUCGGGGGGAAGGAACCGAUACUAAUCCGGCCAGGAGGGAGGAGGGUGGGAAAGCGGCACGGGACCAGAGGGCGAGGGCCUUUGCCUCCCAUGUGGGGAAGAAAAAGACCCGCCUCCCCCUAGACGGCGGCUCCCGCUACCGAGCCCUCGUGAAGGCGGGAUCCGAGGCGAUGUUUUCUAACGUUUCUACCCAUUAAUAAAAGCAGUCUGUCCUCCUG